AUAAAUCAUAGCAAGAACUGUUUUAAACUAUUCUACUCUAGAUAAUUAGAAAAAAUGAGACUUACUUGCAAUUUAGCGAUUGUUGCCAUUUUUAAGCGGAUCCGGAAGUUCUCAACAUGUGUUCCGAAAAGAAUUGUGGGAUACACACAUGCUGAAAUAUGAAGCAGUUUUUCAAGAAAAAGAGCAAGCGUACUACGACGCGGAAACUUAAGAAAAUCGAGAAAAAGGUUAGGGAACACCACAAGAAACUACGUAAAGAUGCAAAGAAAAAUCCAAAGAAAACGAAGAAGAAAGAUCCUGGCAUUCCUAACAGUGCCCCAUUCAAGGAACAAGUUCUGAAAGAGGCAGAAGAAAGAAAAAUCAAGUUAGAAGAUGAGAGGUUACGGAAUAAAGAGAAACAGAAGAAGGCUCGGCAGAAGCAAGUUGCCAAGAAACGCAACCUCUCCAGUAUGAUCCUAGAUGCUCAGAAACGACAGAAAGAGUUUGAAAAACAAAAAGCUGCCACUGGUGAGGCAAAUGAUGAAGCUAACAAACCAGUAGAAACCUCAAGGAAAGCAUUCUAUAAAGAAUUCAGAAAGGUGGUUGAUGCAGCUGAUGUAGUUCUCCAAGUGUUAGAUGCCAGGGAUCCACUUGGCAGCAGGUGUGUGGAGGUUGAACAGGCAAUUUUGGACUCCAGUGCCAAGAAGAAGCUAGUCCUUGUACUAAACAAAAUAGAUCUUGUUCCCAGAGAAAAUGUAGAAAAAUGGUUGAAAUAUUUAAGGAAUGAGUUUCCCGCAGUUGCGUUCAAAGCAUCCACUCAAAAGCAGACGGACAAUCUGUCACAAGCAAAAAUUAAUAUAACAUCACAAAAGUUGAAAGGUGACACGGUUAAAACAAGUAAAUGUCUCGGUGCAGAUGUCCUUAUGAAACUGCUAGGAAACUACUGUCGGAACCAGAAUAUUAAGACCUCAGUCACAGUUGGUAUAGUGGGAUUUCCAAACACUGGGAAAAGUAGCAUUAUAAACAGUCUCAAGAGGUCUAAGGCGUGUAAUGUCGGUGCUAUGCCGGGAGUCACAAAACAGAUGCAGGAAAUACAACUGGACAAACAUGUCAAGUUAUUGGACAGUCCUGGGAUCGUCAUGGCAACAGGCGAUAGUAAUUCAUCCGUUAUUCUCCGAAAUUGUGUGAAAGUUGAAACAGUCGAAGACCCCAUAACACCAGUGCAAGCAAUCCUCAAUAGAUGCAGUAAAGAAAAGAUGAUGCUACAUUAUAACAUAACAGAUUACUCAUCAGUCACAGAUUUCCUUGGUCUACUAGCCAAGAGGUUAGGUCGUUUGAAGAAAGGUGGCGUCCCAGAUGUUUUCAGGGCUGCAAAAACUGUUCUCCAAGACUGGAAUACGGGUAGAAUAACAUACUACACACAACCCCCAGAAACUCAACAAACUGGCAAUGUUUCCAUUGUACAAGAGAUGUCCCAGGCCUUUGACAUUGAUGCCCUGUUGUCUGAUGAACAGGACACUCUAAAAGGUUUAAAACAAGCUACUGAGAAGGAUUUUGUAUUGGUUAGUGGGGGUCCUACAUCUGCCUUGGAGACCCCUUGUGAUGAUGAUGAGAUGGGAGAUGAUAACACUGAAGAGGAUGAUGAAGAUGAAGACAUGGAAGAUGAUAAUGAUGACAAAGAACUUAAAGAUGUCACUGUUGGUUUGACGCCAAAGCUGAAGGCAAACAAGAGUGCCCACAGUCUGUCUAUAGAGAAAGCUAAAAAGAAAGCAGAGCUAGAAGCAGCUUUAGAUGGUAACCAACAGUUAAUCAAAGACAGGAAAAAAAAAUGGAAACACAUAAAGAAAUCAAGGAAAAAAGCAGAUAAAGUUGCAGGUUCCCUAUCUAAUGCACUAGAGGGCGCUAUGGACAUUUUAGGAACAAAUGAAAAAUCUGCAGACUCUUAUAAUUUCUCAACAGACUUUAAGUAG